UUAUACGAUGUUUUUAUAAUUUACAUGGUAAAAUUAAACAAUAAAUGUUCGAAAAUGUUGUAAUACAUUUUUUACGUGUCUCCGCAUAAUAUCGUUAAAAAUCAUGUACAUUUAGAAUAUAUUGCAAUUUUAUAUACAGUAAAAUAAAUAAAAUUAAAAACAAUUAUAUAUAGUAUGAAAUGGAACAGUUUGAAAUUGUAUGUCUAGUCGGUGAAGGCUCUUUUGGAAGAGUAUAUAAAGCUAAUAAUAAAUCUAGUGGGGAAACUGUUGCUCUGAAAAUUAUUCGAAAGCAUGGUCGAUCAGCUAAAGAGCUUGUGAAUUUCCAUAGAGAAUGCGAAAUACAGCAGCACUUGAAUCAUCCCAAUAUAAUUCGAAUGCUAGAUUCUUUUGAUACUCCAUCUCAAAUGGUGGUCGUUACUGAAUUUGCUCAUAAGGAUUUACAUACUAUAUUGGCAAAAGAUGGGAGCUUAGGGGAAGAAAAAUCUCGUGUGCUGACAUGGGAUUUGGUAUCUGCACUAUACUAUUUACAUUCGCAUAGAAUAUUGCACAGAGAUUUGAAGCCACAAAAUAUCUUGCAAGACGUGGAUGGAAAAUUUAAGUUAUGUGACUUUGGUCUUGCUCGCACCAUGACUACUGGUACUCAUGUUCUGACAUCUAUCAAAGGGACUCCGUUAUAUAUGGCACCUGAGUUAAUGUCUGAACAGCCAUAUGAUCAUCAGGCAGAUUUAUGGUCUUUAGGUUGCAUAAUAUAUGAAACUUUAGUUGGAGAGCCUCCGUUUUCUACAACAUCAAUAUUACAUUUAAUUCAGUUAAUUAAACAUGAACGCGUCAGAUGGCCAAGUUUUAUAUCACAGGAAUGCAUCUCGUUUCUACAGGGCCUGCUGCAAAAGAAUCCUUUGGAUAGAUUAUCUUGGCAGAAUAUAUUAAUUCAUGAAUUUGUGCAAGGGCAUAUAAUAAUUUUAGAUGAAACAUCUGUAUCACCAUUCACACAUCCAUUAACAAAAUCCCAAGCAGAAGCUAAAGAAUUGCAACAUAUGAAAGCUAUAGAAAAUAAAUCUUGUGCAAUACCAGUUCAAGAAUAUAAUGAGACCAAAGUUGUAACUGAAGACAAAUGCAAUGAUACACCAACGGUUUUAGAAAAUGAAACAACAUGUAGCUCUGAUAGUGUUAAAAAUGCAUUUGAUGAGCUUAGCUUGCGAGAUACUUUAAAGACUGAUUUAGGUAAUACAGAUGUCGAAGGAAAUAUAAGUGAAUUUGAAACAGAUCUUGAACUACGCAAACCUGUAAGAAUGGUUCAGAAUCUUCCUCAGCCAAUACAAGCUCAUUAUGAAUCCAAAUUGAAAUCAAAUAAUUUAGUUAUAAAUAACAUGAAUAGCAACAUAGAAGAACUAAACAAUAUAUUGAAAGUUCAAACAAAUAACACUUUAUCAUUAACUAAAACUAAUAUACCGAAAUACUCACAUAGUAAUAUAGAUAUUGCGAAAAUCACCAGACAAUCCGAUAAUAAAACAAAAAAAAGUUUCUUAGAAAAGCGAAAGCUUAGUCAAAAUUUAGAUAAUUUUUCAUUAAAGCUUGGACACACAGAAUCAGUUAACAAAGAUACCAAAACGUUAAGCAAAUCAAUAAACAGUUGUAAUUUGGUCAAAACUGAAGAAGCAAAAAACAUUUCAACUACGAACAGUGCAAAUAAAAGUAGAACGUCUGAAAAAUCUACUGGCGCUAAAAGUAAAAUUAGAAAGGAUUCUAAGAAUAUUAAUAUUGAAAAUAAACCAAAAACCAUGAGCAACACUGGUCAAGAUGAGAAGGAAGAUUCUAAUCAAGGUACAUGUGAGGAGGAAGCUAAGUCUCAAAUAGAUUUAAGUAACGAACCAUUAGAUAGUAGCGGCUUAGGAAUUGAUCAGCCUAUUGAAAACGAAGAGUGGCUUGCAUUUAUUCAUAAAACUAUGAGAGAAGUAUUAGAUGGUGAUUUAGAUUCACUAAAACAACAAAAUUUGCUCAGUAUUAUUAUAUCACCUCUAAGACAUAAUUGUGUAAGCAGUGAAGUAGCAAAAAGUGUAGCGCAAUUAUUAGCAAUUCCAUUAGUUGUUUCUAGAAAUACUGGUGAUAUCGAACCAGUACUGAAAGUUUAUUAUGAUGUUAAACUUGUUGCAAACUUAGUUUAUGCUUCGGUGCUUAUAUGCAAACGGAAGGAAACUUUAAAGCGAGACCAGUUCACUGAUUCUGAUCUUUUAGCUUUUGAGAAUAUGUAUUUAUUAGUAUGUCAUCUUUUACAUUCAGCCGAACAAUUUGCUUCACAGUUUUGUGAUGCUGUAGUUGUUUUAUCGGCUAAAAAUCUUAUACAGGAACUAAUGAUACCUGGUAAUAUGAUAAAAAUGAUAAUUAAAUUUUUGUUGCAUAUAUAUGAAUAUAUAUUUUUACUUAUAGAUGCAAAAGGUGUAAAACUUGCAAGUGAUAUCAUUGCAAUUUUGUGCAGUGUGAUGUGUUGUCUUCCAGAAAAUGCUCAACUAAUUGAAGAUAUUGUUUUAGACAAUGGACUGGCGAGAAUUAUGGAAUUAUUAUUGUAUCAAGAUAAUUUAUUAAGACUGAGAACUUGUAAUCUAGUUCGUUUACUAGGACGCUUCAGCUGUUCUACUUUGCAGAAUUACUGGUGUGCUGAAAUAAGAAAUAAGUUAGAAGAUCUUCUUGAAGAAGAUGAUGUAGACUUAUCAAUGACUGCAGAGGAAACAAUUGCCGAACUCAAGUCACUACCAUUUUAUCAAAAAUAACUUCAUGACAGAGAGUGUAAAUAUUUAAAGACUAAUUUUAUUUUAGUUGUAUUUUCAAGUCAAGUAUUUUUAUAAAUGAUCUUCAUAGGUUCUUAUAUGAACUGUUGAAAAUGCUUACAACAGAAAUUUUUAUACAACUUUAAUACCAUAUAAGUGCAUUAUUGAGAUUCAACUUUUAAUUGAUAGUAUUUAAAUUAAUAUGAUA